AUAUGUUCAAGACGCACUUCAUAUAAACGAAAUGUUGAUUAUUGUAGAAAACUGCAUCAUUGGCUAAAUAAAUUAAGAAAAUGUUAUAAAAUACCACGGAAAAUGGAGGAGCAAAAGAGUGAAACUUUAGACCUCUCGAGGCGUGGGUUGAAGAAAAUAGAGAAAGCGCCUCCUGAAGACGCCAAGUCAAUCAUCAACCUGGUCCUCGAUCAGAAUGAACUGCAGAGACUCGACAACAUCGAUACUUACAACCGGGUGGAAAACCUGUCGAUAUGCAACAACUUCUUGCUCCGAAUGCACGGAGUCUCCCGGUUGACUAACAUCAGAGUCCUGGCCCUCAACAACAAUGGGAUCCUACAGAUUGAGGGUCUGAAGGACCUGAUAUAUCUUAAAGUCUUGAAACUGGCUGGCAAUAAUAUCAAGUCAAUAGAGCAUCUGAACCACAACAUGCAUCUGGAACAAUUAGAUCUGUCCAACAAUCAAAUCUCAUUUAUAGCUGAUAUAUCUUACUUGAAAACUUUAAAGCACCUAAAUCUAGAACGCAACCGUAUCAUAGACUUGAGACAAUGCGAUCGCUACUUGCCUCCGAGCUUGGAGAAUUUCGGGCUCGCUCACAAUAACAUCCAGGACUUGAACGAGGUGUCACAUCUAGUGCACCUGUCCAAACUCGACAGCUUCACCAUACAGGGGAACCCGUGUGUCGCCAUGGCUGGGAAAGAUAAGCUGGGAUUUGACUACCGCCCUUUUGUUCUCAAUUGGAUUAUGAGCGUCAAAUCUAUCGACGGAUUCGUCGUGAGUGCAAUAGAAAGCCUAAAAGCAGAAUGGCUGUACAGCCAAGGAAAAGGCCGUCACUACCAUGCGGGCCAACAUCAGGAACUGUGCGAGUACUUAGCCUCCACUUGUCCUCUUACCGCCGACGCGCUGGAGACAGAGGACCAGAGGAAACUACGCAUGAUACUGAGCAAGGCACAGCACCACCAACAGCAGUUGAAGGACCAGACUCAUAGUCCACGCCCGAAGAUGCAGUCGCCUCGGAUGCAAUCGCGCAUCGGCACCCCGCGGCACAUGGGCCGAUCACCCGACCGCCUCACAUCGAGCUAUCACUCCUCGAUCAGCAAGACCAACUCUCCGCAGAUGUCUAUGUCUUGUUCUGGGGAUAUCGGCGGUCUACCAGCUCCUAUGAGCCAAAGCUUCGACUCUCCAGGGCUUAUGUAUUCAAUGGAGAAAAGGGAUAGUUUGAAGGAUAAACCUCAAGAAUCGCCACCACCUCCAUCAAGACCAGUGAACCACUCCUUAGAAGCGGCAUCUAAAAUGGUUCCCGUACCAGAAUCUCUGAUGAGCCCGGAUUACCAGGACCCCAUAUACGACAUCCAAAGAAGCAUACCAAAGCCAAACAACAGCAUUUCAUCGCAGUCAAGCAAUAGCAGCAUUCAAGAAGAGAGAGAGAGACCACGACAGAGUUCAAUCAGCAAACGAAUAGGCUCGCCGAAAUUAACGAAAAGCGCCACUUCUUCGCCGAAGUUAAAGUCCAAAAUGGAACAACGAAAAGGCAGUUUGAGUUUGACGAACGCGAAAAACGAAGAACGGAAGGUAAAUGGAGUUGUAAAGAACGAAGAGAAAGACCAGAUAGACCAUGAUAAGUUGGAGAUAAUUAAACUGGCGUCGAAUCAGAGGCGCCAGAGGAAGAUGAGUGCUGAAUCGAGUGCGGCGAUAACCAUACAGAAGAUGUGGAGAGGAUAUAGGAGUCGGAAUCUAAACAAAGAUACGUUGAGGAUCUUACACGCAAUACAAGCGGCGCGGGCGCGGCAGCAUAUACAAAGAUUGACAUGCGACAUGGAGGCGACAAAGGCGGCGUUAGAAAGCGAGCGCAAGAUACAGCAGCUUCAGAUGCAGGCCAUCAACGCGCUCUGGAAGAAGGUCUCUACUCUGCAGACUGCAGAUUCGCAGAAACAAAAGGGUGUUGAGCCGGAGGACAAUACGGAGGUAUUGCGACAACUUACCGAAACAUGCUUCAGUUUACAAGCACAGGUGGUGGAGCUGCAGGGCUGCAUGCAGGAGGUGCUGAAGGCAGUGUCAGGCAAACAACGCGCCGAGCCCGUCGCCACGCAAACGGACAUCGUUGCUGUCAACACGCCACAGGAGGAGCGCUGCGGCUGGCUGAAGCGGCCGCAGUCGCUGCCGCUGGACGUGGCCACGCCGCCCGCGCCGGCGCCUGCGCACUGCGAGCGCGCCCGGCGCCCUGACUCGCCGCCGCCGGAUGUUGAUGUACAGCUCGAAAAACAAAACGACUUGGAAUCGUUAGACAUUGAGCGCACAGAAUCGGUGAUAGCAGAUAACGAAGGUAACGACGGCGUCAUAGAGCAGCGAAACCAAAGUGUCAUCGUCGAAUGAUGACUGGUAGAUCUAGUUAUAAUAAUCUAUAGUUCAUAUAGGCGGGGCUUGAUGACGGCGCAUUUAUAUUUAAAUAUUUUUAUAACUAAAGACAGUUAUACUUUUGUUUAAUUAUAUAUUUUGUAAAGGUUAACAUUUGACGAAACACUUACGUAGAUUCACGUGUAAUCCUUGCUUAGUCGACAGGGUCUCAAGUUGUUAAGACAAUAAUUUGCAAUCACUCUUAGUAUUGACGUUAUUGGAUAAUUCAUAAGAUAAAUGUUUAGGUCACAACCUGUUAAGGUAAUUAACACAUUUAUAUCAAUAAUAUAAUUUAAAAUCGAUUCCUUGGUUGACUUCGACUACGAUAGGCCCGUAGUGAUAAGCAUAAGUGCACAUCAUGAGAGAUGCAAACGCGUGAGUGUGAGCGAGACAGACAAUGACAAACACCCCCCCCCCCCCCUUGAGCAGCGUGCGGUCAUUUACGACUAAAGUAAGACCCAAAGGGGGUGAUGUCGGCGCAUACGAAUUGUUGCGGGGCGAAGAGUCACCGUUCUAUACGAAGUAUUAUUAAUAAUUCUAUGUCUUUGACAAAGAUCAUUUAACUGCAUACUUAUUUAGUUAUUUAAAUAUAAAUGCGCAGAAUAUUGUGGACCGAUAGUUCCAUGGCAAAGAAACGCUAAAGCAAAGCUUAGGAUUGUCAAGUGGCUUAGAUUACGGUGUGGUAAAGCUAUAUUAAUUGAAGUUAUAUAAUUUUAUUCUAAUGUUAUAAUUUUAACACAAAGUGACUAAUUCGUUCGCAAACGGUUUUCACACCAUUGCUGCAUUUAAUGAGAAAGUGUUAUCGAUCGAUCGUAAUACUUUACAUCUUGUAAAGUUUUAUAAGUUAUAUUUACAUACUUAUGUACAUCAACCCUCUGAUAUGAUUUAUUAAAUUCUAUAUUUAAUAAUACGAUCAAAAUGUUGUCGAUUACGAAGUCACAAAGUAAAUAGAUCCAAAUUGUAUAUGUACUGAAAUAGAUUUAUUUAGUAGCCGAAUCUUGACCUAUAUGGUAUUUAAAACGAUUAAAAUAUCGUGAAAAAAUCUUAAAAGUUUUUGCGCGAUGGUUAUGCAUGCGAAAUUCAUGACAUUAGUUUGUAAGUUAAUCUGUUUUAAACAGUACCUACUCUUAUUGUAAAACCUGGUUUAACAUUUUUAGCUGGCACCUAAACAAACACUGUAAACCGCUUAAAUCUUAGCAUGAAGAGAUUUUCAUCAAGACAGAAAUAUCCUACUUCUACCUAGCGGGAUAGAGACGAGAGAUAUGUCUCUUUCGCACCAACGGUAUACAGCUUAGUACGAAAGAGACGAGAGAUAAUUGGGUAGUUUCCUAGGUCAAAGAUAAAUUACGAAAUUCUGAUUACUGAAUAAACACAGAUCUAAAGGUGACAAAAAAUGUUUUCUAUUUAACUUAUUUAAGAAUUUUAAUUAAAAGAAAUGUAAUAAUAAGUGCGACAUUUUGUCACUUUUUCCAUGACAUCUCAGGUUGCUUUUUCAAACAAAUUCCAUAAUAAUUUCGUGUUUUGACUUUUAGUAAAUAGUAACUGAUUUGAUUAGUUGGAAACUAUUGAAUUUAAUCAUGCUACGUUGUCUAAGCUAGAUUUUAAGUAUUUCUUUAUCUUUAUAAAUCCAGUGAUGACUAAACAAGGUUUUACAACAAGUCAUUUAUUGUUAAUAUAAGCAAAUCGUCACAAACUGCGGUUGUUAUUCUGGAACGAAAUGUAAUCUUAAUGUCUGCUUUUAUUCAUAAAUUCAUAAUUCAUUACAUUGAUAACGUUCGUGCAUUGUACCGUUCAGACUACGGUUUUGGCCGACUAGUCGGCCUAAGAAAGUCGAUUGAUUAGUCGGCCCUAGCCAAUACUUUGAAAGAGCCGUUUCCGAAGUUGGAAAUGUACAACAGCUAUUUACUAUUGUAAUUCACAAAAAUGGUUAGCAAAGAUUUUUGACACAUACUUACAGCAAUAAAUAUUUAUUGCGAGGUGGAUAUAUUUCUUAUUCUUUCGUGAUGAUUAUUCUUAUAAUAUGAUUAUAUUUUACCGAGUUCUUAUUUCAAGAAUUUUCUGCAUUUUGAAGCUAACGUAUUCCAUGUCGACUAGUCGGCCUAUCUUUAAAUAAUAUUAAUUUUUACUAUGAGAGCGUAUAGAAUUGUAUUCGUUCGUAUGUGUACGCACAAAACGAAUUCGUACUGUAACGCAUUUUAACGGACAAACACCAUACAAUGCACAAACGUUACAUUUAAUUUUAAACGCACUAAAUUCACUGCCAUUAUGCUAAUUAAUUAUACUGGACAAUGUUUUGUACAUUUGUAUAACGUACCUGCUGUGACAUUGGCGCGAUGUACACGAAAUAUAUUUAUAGUUUAAAAAGGAUAGGCUUAUCUGCGGCUGAAGUCGAAGAGUAACUACUUUUUUUUUUAAUUGUAUUUAAUACUUAAGGUCGGGGAAUGCCACAACAAAGUUGAAUACAAAAAAAUAUAAAUACUAACAUCCCCUACUCUCUUUUGCCGCAGAGAAAGUCGUUAUUAUUAUAAAAAAUCUUUAAAAUAAGGCAGUAUUAAUUGAUAAAGGCUAAAAUGCUAAGACGUGUGGUGCGUUCGUCUAACUCUAGAAUUAGAAUUGUGGAUAUAAGAAAAGGAAUUGGUAUUAAAAUGGAAAAUUCAAAGCUAUGAAUGUUAAUAUUUUUGCGAUAUAUUUGUCCUGUGGUUUUUGUUUUAAUCUAUGUUUUAUGUCACAUUCCAACAAAUUGGAACUUCAUGCAUUUAUUUUAAUAUUUUUAAAAGUUAUAAAGUACACUUUGUAAUAAAAGCACUAAUAGAUAAAAAUAUUUUUGAAAUGUUUUAGAUUUAUUACGAUGCAAUGCAGGAACACUAUGCCUUUUCUAUUUUUAAUGAGCUUGAUUUUGAGCUAUUUAUUUGUAUAGCAAAUAAGAAUCUCGCAGAUUUACUUUCUUGUUAUUUUUUAACUGAACUUUUUUAAAACAAUAUCAAAAUUUUCACAAAAUAUAAAAUUGCCAUCUAAUUUUUUUACAUUGGAGCAGCCAUCUUGUAUUUUAACAAUCACCAUGACGUCUCAUUUGUCUCAAAUACUUUUUAUUUUUUAGGCCGGACGCUUUUUGGUACAGAUUAGCCCCGCAUAUAAUACUGAUCUACGAUGGACACUCGAACCCAGUGUGUGCGCUUAAGUACUUGAAAGGUCAGGAUUGUUCUUGCGUGUUCGUCUGAACGCAUGACUCGAAUUUGUACGAAAACGUGUCCAAACUGCGACCGGCCUUAUUGUUUUAACCUUGGAUAAGUUCAUUCGCUCUAAUAAUUUCCACUAGUCAUUUUUAACUUUCGUAUAAUGUCGCUGGCAACGAUUUUAUUUUUACAGCUAUGAUUAUUUUUAAGAUUUUACGUCUGAUUAAUGUUAUUGGUAGCUUGCUUUUAAAUUAGUUUUUAUUUCAAAUAUUUGCACUAUACACUGAAUUUUAAAAAUGGGUCUGCGAUACCUUGUCUUUAUCUUGUGAUGUUAUAUAACCAAUCAUAGAACAGCUUGAAGAUGCGAAUAAUGUUGUAAGCUAUAAUGGUGAUGGCAUAAAAUAAUAACUUAACUAGUAUUAUAGAUGUUGUUUAUACUAUGUAAUAAUGUGCAAUUUGGAGGCCCUGUGCAUCGAUUUUAUACUGCAUACAUAUACAUUUUACUAGUAUAAAACGUUAAAUGUUACAGAUGGAAAGAAACAAACCCAUUUUAUCAUACUAGUGUUGCCAAUAAUCUGCGAAAACAGCUCCCGUAUUUAAUUUCUACUUCUGUUUUGAGAAAUAUGCCUUUCAAAAACGUCUGUUUGUCUAAAGAGCCUUUUAGUUCUGUUUUGGCUUAUUUUAGUUGAAAUGUUUCGCCAUCUUCAGUAACAGAUAUGUACAAGUAAAUCGGUGCACGGUCAGCCUCUAUAUUUCCAAAGACACUUGCCGUCCUCUCUUCAAUUUCAUUACCCACCUUAUUUGUUAUGUUAGAGUCUGUAUUUAUUGUGUUUUAUAAAACCAUUUUGAAACUA